UGCCUCUCUUCCCACGCUAUCACCUCACUUUUACCUUCCUCCAAUAUCCAGAAAUUUCAGAUAGUAGCGGAAGGCGAUGGAGGCUGCUCUUGUGGGUGUUGGCGUGGGGGUGAUGAAGCCGCUCCUGGAGAAGCUCUUCAAGCUGUCGGAGGAAGAGUACGCCCGGCUCAAAGUCAAAGGCUUGGCUCGUCAGGUCGAAGCCACGAGAGAUGAGAUGUGCAGCAUGACGGCCGCGCUAGAGGCGCUUGAGGAUGCCGAGCAGCUGGACCCUGAGAUGAUACCUUGGAGGGACGACGUCCGCGAGCUGUCCUACGACAUGGAAGAUUGCAUUGAUGACUUCACGGCUCGUCUUGACCACGAGGGCGGUGGGCAUACAGGCCUCAAGGGGUUCUUUGACAAGCUAAAGAAGCUCAAACCAAGCCAUGAGAUCGCUGUCGAGUUCGAAAAGCUCAAGGCCCGGGCUAUCGAGGCAAGCAAGAGGCACAAGAGGUACAAAAAUGACUUCCCAAUACCCAACUCUAUCACCUCUGAAAUUGAUCCCAGGCUGCAUGCACUUUAUGUGGAUGUUGCUAAGAUUGUGGGCAUGGACGAUCCUAAGAAGCAUAUCAUUGAGCGGCUCAAGAAUGAAGAUUUUUCUACCCCGCUUCAAGUGGUGUCGAUUGUUGGUACAGGUGGUCUUGCACUUGUGUCGGUUUCUCGAAAGCCUAACAUGAAAAAUGUUCUAAGAGAUAUUGCUGAGAGAGUGGGGAUCUCUCACAGCACUUCCAAUGAUGACGAGCGGCGACUUAUUGAUCGGCUCCGAGACCACCUUCAGAACGAAAAGUACCUUAUCGUGAUCGACGAUAUCUGGAGCACUGAAGCAUGGGAAACCAUAAGGGAUGCCCUACUGAAUAAUGAUCAUGGUAGCAGAAUUAUCACUACAACACGUAAUAGUACAGUUGCAUCACAUUGUUGUUCUGGAACCGGUUAUGUUUACAAAAUGAAACCCCUCAGUCCUGCUGACCCCAGAAGCUUGUUUUUGCAAAGAGCAUUCGGUUCAGAGGAUUUAUUCCCCCCGCAUCUGGAAAAUGUGUCUGGAGGGAUAUUGCAGAAAUGUGAGGGCCUACCACUGGCUAUUAUUACCAUGUCUAGUUUGCUGGCAGAUCAAACAGCCGAAGAAGAAUGGAACAGGGCACUGGCUGCUAUUGGUUCUUCACUUGCAAAGGAAUCUCAUGCUGAAGCCCUGACAAAGAUAUUAUCUCUGAGUUAUUUUGAUCUUCCUCACCCUAUGAGAACUUGUUUGUUGUACUUCAGUGCAUUCCCAGAAGAUCAUAUUAUCAAGAAAAGGAAUUUGAUACAUAAAUGGAUCGCCGAAGGCUUCAUCCAUGAAGAACCACAUCGGAGUGCAUACGAAGUAGGGGAGAGUUAUUUUUAUGGUUUCAUCAACAGAAGCUUGAUUCAAGCACACGACAUAAAGUAUGGCCAGGUGGAGACAUGCAAAGUUCAUGACAUUAUUCUGGAUUUCAUCACAUGCAAGGCCAGUGAAGAGAAUUUCAUGACAACAUAUGGUGAUGCCGAGCAUAGGAAGAAACACAAGAUUCGCAGGCUCUCUGUCAUGAGCCGCUAUAGCGAAAUGGCUGCUGUGCCAGGGGAUCUCUCUCAUGUUCGAUCACUUGCUAUGUUUGGGAAUUUCGGGCAAAAUUCUUUGUUGUCUUUUCCAGCUCUUCGUGUGUUGGACCUGGGAGAAUGUCGGGAUUUAGAAAACAGCCAUCUGACAAAUAUUGGAAAGUUAUUUCUUCUCAAGUACUUGCGUCUUGGAUCAGAUAAAAUAACAGAGCUUCCAUGUAAAAUUGGAGAUCUGCAGUAUUUGGAAACUCUGGACAUAAAGGGCACCACAAUUGCAAAACUACCAUCAACUAUUACACGGCUUCAAAGAUUGACCCGUCUAUAUGUUGACUACAUGAGUCCAUCAGAGUCAAUGGAAAACUGCGCUAAUUUAUCUGAUGGAAUAAUUGGACAGUUGCAGAGCUUAGAAGAACUAGAGAAUGUUCAUGUCUGCCCCUCGCGAAUAAAGAUGCCUCUGGUAGAGCUCGACAAGUUAACCAAUCUAAGGACGUUGAGUGUAAGUAUCCUGUAUCCGCUUCAUUUCUGUCAUGCUGAUGGAGCUGAAGAUGUUGGGAGAUUUGUAAGGAUUUUAAUAUCUUCAUGCAAUCUUCAUCAUCUACGGAUUGAUUAUAUGGCUGAACUUACAAUUUGGGGCCUACUGUCCCUGGAAUCAUGGCGCCCUACUACUCCUUCUGUACUCCUGGAGAUCUCCAUCACUAAUUACCACAUCGACAAAGUUCCGAAUUGGAUGAUCUCCCCUGCGAAUCUUAGGGCGUUAGACAUAUCCUUGUACCGUAUGGGACCAGAAGAUGUCGAGAUCCUUGGAGCUAUGCCCGCUCUGUUUUUCCUGAAGCUCAAAACUUAUUACGGCAGAAAUGGAAGGAUCAACAUCCGUGGGUUCAGAAGUUUGAAAUAUUUCAGCUUGGAUAUCUUUCUUUGUGGAACUGCACUGGAGUUCGGAGAGGGAUCAAUGCCUAAGCUGGACCAUUUGGAGCUUAAAUUCCCUGUACAUGGCGUCAAGUGCGUGAAUGGUGCUUCAGAUUUUGGCAUCCAGCACCUCUCCACCCUGACAAGACUGGAUGUCCACAUUCAUGGCUUAGCUGCCUAUCUUAUCAAAAAAGUACUCAAGCUUUCAAAAGAAGACGACUUUGUAAAUAAGGUUAAUAGCCUUAUCAAAAUUGCAGUGGGGCAACUUCACAAUCGUCCCACUUGCACAUUUACACGUCCUAGAGGAUACACUACAGGUUGUCACCAUUUUGAAGAACACUUCAAGAAAAAGUAUGGAGAUCUAGUCAGGAGUAGUCGUCAAAGUGGAGAAAAUGUCUUUUUGUCCUAUAUGGAUCGAAUAAUCAAAGAGAUUGAUCAAGAUGCUAUGUCAAGGUGUGUCACGGUUCAGAAUGAAGAGAUUGACCAAGAUGCUACGUCAAGGUGUGUCACGCUUCAGAAUGAAGAGAUAAAUCAAGAUGCUCCGUUAAGAAGGUGUGUCACGCUUCAAAAGGAAGAGACUAAUCAAGAUGCUCCGUUAAGAAGGAGUGUCACGCUUCAAAAUGAAGAGAUUAAUCAAGAUGCUCCGUUAAGAAGGUGUCUCACGCUUCAAAAUGUUGUGUCAUGGUUUACUGUGUGGCUUCGCAUCUGGACCGGACCAGCAAACUCCUUCAUCAAGUGGUUCUUUCUGCUGGUACUACUACCUCUAUUUCUGAGCUAUAUUUGUUUUUACUGGUUGUAAUGUAACUUGUAAGGCACUUUAAUCUCGUUCAGUCCAUACCAGAUGUCACCAAGAGUGCAUUUAUACAGUUCUCAGUAUGACACUGAUAGCUUGUUUUAAGCAACGUAAGCAACUCAGAUGAAGUCAUCGACAUAAUCUACUGAUCUUUUCGAGAUGUGUAACUGAAGCUUCUUUUGAUAGCCCAGAGAUAAAAAUCUUUAAAAUGGUUAUUUGGACCAGCAGAAUCAGCAUUUUUGGCAUGAGGCUCAUGUGAACAUAUCCUUGGAUGUGCUUCAGUCAUAGACCAUCCUGACAGAAUGUUACUUUGUGCCCACCUCCAAGCUUUUUGUUUCAGCUAUCUCUGUGUAUUUGGACUUCUAAGAGGCUUACUGGACAGUCAGGUAUCACUUCUGGGAAGUUCGUUUUCGCCGGUUGAUCGGUACUACCGAGAAAAAUCUUUGAUAUUUCUGGGCUAGAUGCUCUUUCAUGUAAA